GGUCGGCGUCGCGAUCAGUAGCGCGCGAGAAUCCGCGGCCGCCGGCGCGCGCGACGCAACGAACGAACGACCCGCACUCCGACAUACUACACGAUAGAACCUCGCUCAGUAGUUAGAGAGUACGGAUUAACGAACAUAUCGAAACAGACUCGGACGCGAGUUUAAACGCAAGCGCAGCUUCUAAUUAUAACGUGCUCGAAAUGCAGAACAUCGAUCCGCUGGAGUUUGCCAACAUAUUGGCCACCGAGCUUUGGUGCCAACAGUUGGCUAACCUCGAGGGCCUCCAAUCGGGGGUACCAACCCGCACCACGGCGACCAUCACGCCCACGCAGCUGCGCAACUUCGAGCAGACUUACAUCGAGCUGAGCAACUGCCACAGCGAGCAGGCCAACCACGCCGGGUUCGUGCCGCCGUCAGUCACGCACGCCAACAACUACGGCAUCCUGAAUCAGGGGGGCUACUGCGAGUCGGGCCCGACGACGGCGCUGCAUGUGUCGCCGGGCCCGCUCUCCGCUAGCGGCGACAGCAGCUGCAGCCCCGGGCCCGCGCCCAAGCGCCGCAACAUGGGCGGCCGCCGCCCCACCAAGGCGCCUCACGACAUCUCCCCCGAGGAGGAGGAGAGGAGAAAGGUCCGACGCGAACGCAACAAGAUGGCCGCCGCGCGCUGCAGGAAACGCAGGCUCGAUCACACUAAUGAGCUCCAAGACGAAACGGACAAGCUUGAGGAGAAAAAGCACGCGCUCCAAGAGGAGAUUCGAAAGUUAAACGCUGAUAAGGAUCAGUUGCAGACGAUUCUUCAAACGCAUCUCAGGACGUGUAAAUUAGCGAGACGCGCGCCGAGCCCCCCCGACGUGAAGCCCUUUGAGGAGUACCCGUAUAUAGAGGAGGGGGUGAGGGUGAAGGAGGAGGUAGUUGAUCCGGCGCACGACCCCGCGCUGGCGCUGGACAAUGACGUCAUGUUCACCUCGCCGACACCGGACAAAAGGAUAAUGUUGUCGGCGGCCAGCCCGGCCCUAGGGCUCUCCCUGGACACCCCGCCAGUCCCCGUGCGGCCCUCGCGCCCCAACUUCCUGCAGGUGCCGCUCUUUCUCACUCCCGCGCAGAUCCACAACAACAAAGCGAUCACGAACAGCAACAAGAUCGCCGGCAUAGAGAUCAGCACCCCCAGCAACGGCAUCCCGUUCAACUUCGACAGCCUCAUGGAGGGCGGGACCGGCCUCACCCCCGUGCACCCCCACCCCGCGCUGCACCCCCUCUCCCACCCCCUCCCCCACCCCCACCAGCACCCCCACCCCUGCGCGCAGCAGCAGCGGGUCGCCCCGGAUGUGACCUCCCCGGACCAUGGGAGUCUGGUCAGCCUCUGAGACAUGGAGCUGUUC